AUGGCGCUGGAAUACCCGAUCCAUCUUGGCUUGGCUUACCUGUUCUUGGGAGGCUACCUGUCUAGCCUGAUCUUUUGGGCUCUGCGCCUGCCUGGAGCAGUUGGUAUCAUUGCCAAUGGCUUCGUCUUCUCGAAUUUCAUUCAGGCGGAUGUCCUCAAUGGCCGAGAUGAUCUUCAGGCACUUUCCUUCUUCCUAGUGCUCCUCACUGCUGGCUUCGAGUUGCAAGUGAGUGACCUUCGCGCAGAGACUUUCGUUUUUGCAUUCCUCCCAGUGACGCUGGAGCUGCUUGGAAUCGCAGCUUGUGCCCAGCUCCUCUUGCAUUUCACACUGCUGGAGAGCCUGGUUUUGGGUGCUACACUCUGCUGCUUGGGAGAUGGCCUGGUCAUUCCCAAGAUGAUCGAGAUCAAGAGCCGGAAAGAGUUUGAGAACUCCCCGAUGCCAAGGCUCGUCUUCACGGCAGCGCCCUUGGAGGCAUCCUACGUCCUUACCAUCUACGGCGUCCUCGAGGGCCUGUCUGUGUCGAAGCAUCAGGAAGCGGCCGGGAUUUGGACGAUCGUCUUCGCAAACCUCUUGAGAAUCGCCGCCACCCUGCUGUUUGGCUCGAUGAUCGGAUAUGGUGCCGGGCUCUUCAUCAGUAAGGGCCGAAGGAGCGACUCAUGGCUUAGUUCCUGGGCAGAUAGCAAUGGGUGGCGUGAGUUCUCCCGACAAAUCUACGAAGCAUACGGCUCAUGGUCAUCGUGGCUGCCGUCCUAUGUUGCUCCGAAGAAGCUUUUCAGGCAAACUGACGUGGAGUCAUACCUGAUGAUCUUGUCGGUUGCUCUGCUUGGAUUCGGCCUUGGCUCAAUGAAGGUGGCCAAACUUGUCCCCAUGUUCGCGAACCUCCUACCAUCGGCCUUCGGUGAUGGGGAGAUCUUUCAGCCAGAGCUUCUCGUCAUUGUCAUAGGCUCCUCCUUCGCCUAUGCCUGUGAAACACACCAGGUCGAUGGAGAGAAGGGGGUGCUGGACAGCGUGCUCGUCAUUGUCGGCGGCGUGUGGACUUUUGGGCAGCUUGUUUUGUUCAGCAUGCUCGGUAGUCGCAUCGAUGUCUCUGUGUUUCUGCAGAUCCUCAAUGUCCUUCCCCUGAUGCUGGUUGGGCAAGCAUUCCGCUUCGCAGGGGUGUGGUUGUCGACCAUGCUGGUGGUGAAGCUCAAGUGGCGCACCUGCGAGCGUGCGGAUGAAGUCUGCCAGAAGUCUUUCCAAGCAACUGAAUGGCCCGAUGCGAUGUUCUGCUUCUUGUCGGCGAUGCCCAGGGCGACGAUCCAGGGAGCCCUUGGGCCAGUUCCCCUGGUCAAGCAGUUCUUUCCUCUGGAGCCGGCUGCACGUGGCCAGGAGGUCCGGCUCUUCAUUGCAGCAGCGGCGAGGCUCUACGUCCUGAUCUGUGCGAUUUUCGGCUCCAUCUUGCUGGACGACUAUGGCCCAUGGUAUCUAGAGCAGGCCAAAAUCGAGGCCGGCAAAGCGAAACGAUGCAGCAGAUGCCAUGUGCAGGAAUUCGUCGCCGGACGAAGCUCCAUGUUCGGGCUUGCUGACAUGGGCAGCGGCCAGGAAGUCGUAAGAGCUGGUCCCGAGCUUGCCUCCGCGAGCGAUGACGAGGUCUUGCAGGAAAGGUCCGACCAGGGCGAUGGUGUGGCCUCCGACGACCAAGAAGCAACACUGGAGCAGCCGAAGAUGAAAGACCCGGGGGCUGGCGGAGUGGACCUCGGCCGUUCCGAUGGCUCAGAGGAGCCGGGCCAGGAAACGGACGGCGUGGCUGACCCUCACCGGGUAGCGACUCCUCAGAGUUCGAUAGAUCCACCGGACACGCUGCCGCAGGAGGCGCCGGCGAACCCGGAGUCUCCACGGCGGACGGAUCGGUCACGAACUGGAUGUCCGGUUUUGCCCAAGGACCUACAGGCGAUCCAGAGUUUGGCCUACUCGGAUCCCGAGCCAAGAAGGCGAACCGCCUUUGGGUCCAUGGCCAGCCAGCGCAGCUCAGGCCCGCGGCAAUCGAUUGCAAUGGCUUUUCGUCCCACCACCGAAAGCCGCACGUCGCAGACUUCCUUGCCUCGACGAGGAGUUCUGUUUUCUAUGGAGCCGCCACACGAGGAUGAGGACGAAGUCCACGAGACCGGAGUAGGAGAAGAUGUGACCAUUCCUCACCUACAUCCGGCUUUACUCUCUAGGGGCCGGACAGCCAAAGGCCCAAAGGAUUACAUGCCCCUCGCAAGUGAGGCAUCUUUACCGCUGGUGCCUUGA